AUGAACCAAUCGCAGAAAAAGAAGUUGCGGGCUGAAACUGAAUGGCAAAGUUCACAAGGGACUCGUAAAGGCUUGCCGGCCCCUGACAAGAAUAAUUUCGAAGGAGAUUCAUCACUGAUUGCUUCGGAUCAAUCUAACCAACAGAAUCAUCACAAGGAAUUCGGAGCCAUCAAGAAACUUGCUGGGAUCUUCGAGAUGAUACUCUGCGUAGGUCGCGCAGUCCUUUCACUAGCUCCUUGUAUAAGAUGGUGUAUAUAUCGUCUCUGCUUUCGGAUGAAGCAUUCGAUCCUCGUUAUCAUAAGACCUUCAAGACGACCUCCAUUCCCGAGCAUAUCAAGCAAAGGAUCCGUCGCCGCUGUGUCAUCCCUGACUUCCGAUUGUAUUGACAUCUCAUUAUCUAGUUCCGAGGAUCCUCCUCCUCCCUUGGCCGAAAUCCUUUUCGCGAGACGUCCUUAUCUAAGCGACGUACUCGUGGAACAUGGGAAAUGCGCCGGUCUUGGGCCUUCCUCCGUUACCGAAAUCCUCGAACCAAUAGCAGAAGGACCCAUUCCUUCUCAUGACCGACUGGCACUUGAACGAUUGGCAUUUGUUGCAUACGGUCUAAUGUAUGAAUUGAGAAAGCCCAAAGGUCUCUCACCAAGCAGAAGACGUGAACUACAAGGACAAAGAGUUACCGAUUCUAUUGCAAGUCGAAUGGAAGAAGACUUUGCCAGAGGUCUUGGUAUUGCAACUCCGAUCGAACCAUUUACAAAGGAAGAAUUGUUUCAAUACUUGAUCGAAUCCUUGUGGAUUUGGGUGCAAGAUGAUCGCUGCAAGAUUGAAUUACUGUGA